CCUGCCGCUGCGUGCGGCAGGGAAGCAGGACAUGGAUGUGCACACAAAAAGCAACACGCUACGCUGCGCUACGCUAUGCCUAACUACCCACUUAGUCAGUCUACCGACCAAAUCGACAAGGCAGUUGACCUUCUCGCUCUGUGUCUGUCUGUACACCACCAUCACACCAACUCGCCCACUGAUGCGCUCAAAACAUCGCACCAGCUGCCCGCCUUGCGGAGAGCCAACCACAUACCUAGCUGCCUCCCUACCCCACAUCCAGAAAGUACCAAGUACUCUUAGCUACGUGACGCUAUGCACAAUGUCUCUCCGGCCGGACCUCUCGCGUGUUACGGCUGUACAGGAAGGCAUUCCUCCCACGCGUAUGCAAUGACGGACAUGACGCCACUACCGAAAAAACAGCAGCGCACUCGCCGAAGCUAAGCAGCUAAGCCGUAGCGCUAUGACUAGCUCUCCCCUGGCCCCCUCAGCGGAUCGCUAGACCUCCCGCCCCUCUCAUCUUUCGCAGCCUCCGACACCAGCUGGUCCAGGCCCUUGACGAGCAGCCUCGGGGCCUCCCCGAUAGCAGAUGCGAGCAGCGUCUGGGCCAUCGACGCCAGCAGCACCGCAUCGCUGCCGGUGCCGGUGCCUUCCUCCUCUGCGUGACGGUAGUCAGCAUCAUCAGAGGAGGAGAUGCCAAUGCCCUCACCUUCAUCUGGCCUCUCCGCGUAGACCUGGAGCGUCUCGUUGGGCAGUAAAGUCGCUGUUGGCGGCGUGCCGUCUCCAUCCGCAGGAUGCUCGUCGAUGGGGGCUGACCGAUCCGUCGACGACUCUGGCGGCUGUGGAGGGACGAUGGGCGCUCUGUCUGGCUGAAAGGGGAAGUCCUCGAAUGAUAGGGGGGCGAGAAAGGGGUGCUGGCUGGCCAUGGCCAUGGCCAUACUAUCGUCGCCAUGGUGGUCCAAGCGCACUGCAGACUCAUGCCGCCGCCAGGUAUCGUUAGAUGCGUCCUCGUGUGCUGGUGCAGACGCAGACGCAUUCAUCAGGCUCUCGGCGUCCACCAGGACUUGUGGCCUCUCGUCAUCGACCAGCAUUGCCUCACUGCUCGUCUGCCCCUCCCCUGUGGCACCGUCGUCAGCUGUCGCUGUCGCGUUGCCAGAAUCCACCUCUUGUCCACUCGUUGCUCCUUCUCCUGGCGCAGACAGCUCCUCGAAAACCGUCCUGGCCACUUGUUCCGCUGUGUCGAUGACGAACGCCGGCGGGAUGAUAGGCAGCGGCGGCAACAAGGGCUCCAGCGCACGGGCCAACGGCUUCAAGGCCGGAGGGGUCCACUGCUCAAUGAUCUCAUCCACGAGCGACUCUUGCGUCGAGGGUGGGGGGGCCACGGGGCGCUCAUCUGUCGACGGCUCAGCUACUUGACCAGACGCUGUGGGGCUCUCUGGCAGGUUGGUGUCGAGCUUGACAUUGAGUGGAGGGUCUCGUGUGGAAGAACCAUACUUGAGAAGUCCUCUUGUGCCCAGUGCGCCAUCGAGCCAGCUCAUGCCCGCACGAAGUCGCUGACGACUCUGAUUGAUAUACACCACACGCACGAGAGCUGUGUGUGGUUCGUGGAGCCAGCCUUUGUGGUCCUACCGUUGGCUGCCUGGCGAUGGCGUGGAGCCGUCUGAGUAGGGCGGCGGGCAUCCCUUGCACAGGAAUCGGCAGACUGCCCAGCUGCGCCGCACCCAUCUCAGGCCCGAAGGACAACAUCUCCCCCAAGUGCGUAUACCUGGACACACAACACACACACGUGUCACACACCAUCCAUCCCAUCAUGGCCGUCUGCUGCCCAUCCCUGCCCCUACUUGUAUUGCAGUGGCUUGAACCCAUUGUAGGCCGCCCACACGUUCCACCCGACGUAGUCUGCCUGCUGCAGCGCCGCCUGUGCGCUCAUCGGCACACCAUCAUGCCCGUCCACGACGGCGCAGUCGCCCAACGCAUAGAUGCCGGUAGAGCCGCUGACAUCAGUGGCGAGCGUGGCUGCCAGGGUGCGAUCGACGACGAUGCGCCCGGAGCCGUCCUUGGAGAGCGGCAGCCUCUCGACCAACUCACACAUCUUCCUCCCUGCCGUCCAUACGACCAGAUCAGCCGUCCGUGUCCGCACCCUGCCCCUCCCCUUUGCCGCAGGUAUCUCCGUGACGACAUCGACCUCCACGCACUCCCUCUCGCCCAGAUGGUAGACGCCCCUGACCUCCCGCACAGCUGUGUUGAGACGCAGGUCGACCCCCAGCUGCCGCAGGGCGUCGAGAGCCUCGUUCCGCAUGGCAGGGUGGGCGUCUGGGAGAGGUGUGGGUCCUCUGUGGAUGAGCGAGACCUCGGUGCUGUCAGGGCCGAGGCGAGAGACGAGGUUGGUCGCCAGCUCCACACCGGCGUAGCCCGCUCCUAUCACGAUGACCUUGAUCUACAGGAAGGAGGGGCCCAAACGAUCGCGUGCAUCGAUGUUCGUUUUUUUUUGUCCGGACCUUUCGGUUCUGGUGUGCGUCGUCCGGCUCUGACGAUCGAUGGACUUCACCCCUGCAGGCAUCCAUCAAACACACAGGCCCAGCACGCAGCACGGCUGUCAUUCUUCCCUUCUCGCGCCGUUUCCCUCCAUCACUUACCGGUCGACCGUCGCGUCUUUUCUCCUCUUCUGCCGGCGUAUCUUGUCCUCCAGCUCAGCGAUGAUCCCCUGCAGCGCCCUCGCAUCGUCCAGCGUGUAGAAGGGCACGCAGUGAUCGGCAGCACCGACACACCCGCCGAACGACAGCACGCUGCCCGUCGCCAGAACAAGUGUGUCGUACGUUAGCGGAGGGGACACGCCUGAUGCGCCCACUGAUGCCGCCGUCCUGCGGCCGUCGGGUCGCUUCUUCCUCCGUAGUCUUCGGAAAGGGAAGGCCAGCACGCUGAGAAGCCGGGCGGCAAUGUGCAGUCGCCAGGAAAAGCUGCGACGGUCUGGUGGAGGGAAGGGGGAGGGAGAGGGGGAGGGGAUGGCCGAGGAGGGAUCUGGCAGGGGCUCGAAGUGGAGCUCCCUGUUGUCGACGUCUACAUGCGCCACCCUGCCGCGCAUGAACGAUAUCGGCACCUCCGACGACUCACCUGCGACGAGGCAGGCACACAGAUCCAGCGAUGGAUCCAUCCCUUCAUGUGACCUCUUCCCUGCCCUCCCCUGUCCUCACCUUCCAGCAGGUCGGCGUAGAGCGGCGCCACUUCAUCCUCACACGCGGCACCCAUGGCCAACUCAUAAAGCAGCGGCAGGAACACGAAGCGCUCCUUCUCGUCUAUCAACACCACCUCGGGCACCACCUUCUUAAAAGGAAACCGGGAGAGCAGCAGAGCCGUGUAGAGGCCGCCGAAACCGCCUCCAACCACACAGAUGCGCGGCCGCUUUGCCACAUCGGCGGCAUCAGCGUCUUGGCGCGAGUUCGCAAAUUGUGAGUGCCACCGAUGAGCUGGCGGAUCGGUGCGGCGUCGAUUGAAAGAUCUGCGGUGGCGGAGGAUGGGAGAGGGCUUGGCGAAUGCCGGCGGUGCCUUGGCUGUGAAGGGAGAUCUUGCAUCGCUCUCCCAUGAAUAAAUGAGGCCGCAUAAGAGCAGGAUGACGCCCCGCAUCGCGGAGGCGCUAACUUCAGCGACG